UCAGGAAGCGGAAUGGUAAUUAUUCACAGAAGAGAGCAGGUAGUAUACUGUUACAGUACUAUAGUAGAAAGUCAGAAGGUCACAAAACUUGCGGGCUAACUGACAAAACUUCAAACUGCCUGGUCACCUUUUAAAAGAAAUAAUAAAAUGGGAGAGAAUGGAGCAAGUUCACCUAACACGUCCUUGCAAGGUAAAAAGAUGGCCUAUCAGAAGAUCAGUGCAGAUCAAAGAGCAUCCGGACACUCACAGUACUUAGACAAUGAUGACCUUCAAGCCACUGCCCUUGACUUAGAGUGGGAUAUGGAGAAGGAACUGGAGGAACCUGGUUUUGACCAGUUCCAACUUGAUAGUUCUGAGAAUCAAAACCUGGGCCACUCAGAGUCUGUGGACCUCAAUCUUGAUUCCAUUCAGCCAGCAACUUCACCCAAAGGAAGAUUCCAGCGACUACAGGAAGAUUCUGACUAUGUUGCCCACUAUACAAGAUCUGCACCAAAGAACAACUGCUGCAAUUUUUGCCGCCUUCUAAAAAUAUUUUGCACAGCCACCAUUUUAUUUGUUCUUGGAAUUUUGAUAGGUUAUUAUGCACAUACAAGUUGCCCUUCCAAUGCCACAUCUGCAGGCACGUUUGAUCCUCAGUUAUACCAGGAGAUUCUCAAGACAAUCCAAGCAGAAGAUAUCAAGAAGUCUUUCAGAAAUUUGGUAGAACUCCAUAAAAGAGAAGAUGAUUUGGAAAUUUCAAAGAAGAUUAAGGCUCACUGGACCUCUUUGGGGCUAGAAGAUGUACAAUUUGUGAAUUACUCUGUGAUGCUAAAUGUGCCCGGCCCUUCACCCGGCACUGUGACGCUGAGCAGCAGCGGCCAGUGCUUCCACCCUAAUGGCCAGCCGUGCAGCGAAAGAGCCAGAGCAGACAGCAGCCAAGAUCUGCUCUACUCCUAUGCAGCUUAUUCUGCCAAAGGAACUCUCGAGGCUGAAGUCAUUGAUGUGAAUUAUGGAACUGCAGAUGAUUUAAAAAGGAUUAAAAAAAUAAAAAAUACAACAAAUCACAUUGCACUCCUAAAAUUAGGAAAAUUACCACUACUUUAUAAGGUUGGUCCAAUGUUGUAA